CAAUUGUCCUGUGUAAGAUCCGCAAGCACCUAUUCUUUGGAUAAAUCACUUGGUGCACUCAUUCACCAUGGCGGCGCCGGGGAACAUGCACAACCUGACAACUCUCAUCAAGAGACUGGAAGCUGCGACUUCACGACUUGAGGAUAUCGCAACCGCCAUAGAUGGUCCAGGAGCCACCGCAGCAAAUGGAGUUGUUCCUGCUCUCUCGCCGCCGUCCGCUUCUGCUGGCACCCCUGAGCAAGCAGCGGCCCCUCCAGAACCCUUACCCAAGUCGGUAGAGGCCUUCAAUCAGAUAAUCGAGGAGGAUGUUGUGGCUUUUGUCAAGGCUAGCGAAAAGAUCGGUGGCCUUGUGGAGGAGCAAGCAAAGGCUGUCAAGGCGGCAUUUGAAGCUGAACAAACAUACCUCCACGUCGCCGCGAAAGCAAAGAAGCCCGAUCCGCAGCCUCCAGAGUUGAUGACAGAACUUCACCGGCACACCUCGACCGUCGACGAGAUCCGAGAAGCUAACCGACCGUCUCCGCUGUUCACCCAUCUGAGUGCCGUUUCAGAAGGCAUUGUCGCCUUGGGCUGGAUUGUGGAGAAGAGACCAGGGGAUUUUGUGACGGACACGCUUGGAGGAGCUCAAUAUUACGGGAAUAAGAUUCUGAAAGAGUACAAGGACAAGGAUAAGUCACAUGUCGAAUAUAUCCAGGCUUACUAUAAAGUCUUCCGGUCCCUUGCCGCAUACGUGAAGGAGCACUUUCCCACGGGUCUCACAUGGAAUACCAAGGACGGCAUUGACGCUCUCGAGGCCCUGAAACAAAUACAGUCUGGCACAGCAACUCCGAAAGCACCAAUGGCCGCUGGAGGUCCUCCACCUCCUCCGCCGCCACCCCCUCUGCCAAAGUUCGACGAUGAUGGUCCUCCGGCUCCUCCGCUACCACCACCAGGAGCCGCUUCGCAGGGUGGGGACAUGUCGGCGGUCUUCGACCAGAUCAAUCAAGGUUCUUCCGUCACUGCAGGAUUGAGGAAGGUCGACAAAUCAGAAAUGACCCAUAAAAAUCCGUCAUUGCGAGGCAGUUCUACGGUACCACAUCGAUCCGAUUCCCAGACGUCAGUCACUGGACGUGGCAAGUCUCCAGUCCCCAACAAGAAACCCGACAGCAUGAGGUCUAAGAAGCCUGGCCGGAAGGAAUUGGAUGGGAACAAGUGGAUUGUCGAGAACUUCGAAAACACCCAGAAUGAGGUGAUUGAGAUUUCGGCAGAGCUCAAUCACAGCAUUCUGAUUUCGAAAUGCAACAAGUGCGUCUUGAAAGUCAACGGCAAGGCCAACGCGAUUUCUAUCGAUAACUGCACAAGUCUCUCCAUCCUGGUGGACUCGCUUGUCUCCAGCCUGGACGUGAUCAAAGCACCCAAGGUCCAGAUCCAGGUUGACGGAGUGGUACCGACCAUUUUACUCGACCAGGUAGAUGGUGCUCAGAUCUAUCUGUCCAACCAAAGCCUGGGCACGGAGAUUUUUACCAGCAAAUGCAGCGCCAUUAAUGCUGUGUUGCCUCCCAAGGAUGAAUCGGAGGACGACAGCAAGGAAUUGCCGUUCCCUGAGCAAAUACGCAGUGUGAUCAAGAACGGAACUCUUGUCAGCGAAAUCGUCGAGCAUGCGGGUUAGGAGGGGAUUGCCAGUAUUCUUCUUCGAGCGUGUAUCAUUAGCGAUGGGGUUCCAGGCUGGAUCGAAUGGUCUCUCUCUCGCAGCUGGGCUGAAAGUUCUUUUGCGUCUGUGCUACUUUAGAAGAGGAUGUGGGUAGGAUUCUCAAAACAUAGCCGUUCCGUGGGGCUUUACGGGAAUGUUUCGACUAUUUCCAUGUUGUCUCGUGGGUGUGAUGGAUAUCAAAUUUCAGCUAUUGAGCUCUUCCUGAAUGUUCCCUUCUUAGCACAUCUCCAGCUCUAUUCCAAAACUAAAUACAAAGAAGUCGUGCGCAUGCAUUUUGCUGUUUGUAUUUUCCACGUUCUAUGUAGCACGACAUAGUGACUUCUUGUUUCGAGUUCUACUUCUUUCGGGUUUUCCAUGUCCGAUCUCCUUCAUCUAGGCACCGAUCUGUCGAGCUCAAAUAUAGCAGGUAAUAUAUGAGAAGUGUGCUCACAU